AUGGCGGAGUCGGUGCUGGAAGUUGUGGGCAAGCUGCAGGCGCGGCUGGCGGGCAGCUCGGAGCCCAAGAAGCUGCUGAAAAGUCUGAAGAGGCUCUCGGAGUUGCCCAUCACGGUUGACAUCCUCGUGGAGACGGGUGUCGGGAAGACCGUGAACGGCUUACGGAAACACGAGCUCGUUGGAGACUUUGCGAAGAACCUCGUAGCCAGGUGGAAGAAGCUGGUGCCUGUUUCCCAAGAGGUAGACAGAAAUAAUCUAGAUUCUGAAGACCGUGACUAUGAGAGGAGCAGUUCAAGGAAAAGACAACGAGAAGCUUCCCCCAGAGAGGACGAGGAGCCUGACCAGGACUAUUCAGAGCCUUUCCAACCUUCCUGCAGCCAGUCCUAUAGUCCAAAUCAUAGGAAAAAGAAGCCCAAGAGGUGUCCUGGAUCUGAGAGAGCCCAUCAGACUUACGGCUAUAGCAGMCAAGAGGGUAAGAGUUGGGGCAGAUCUUCCCCGGUGCUCUCCUCGGAUCAGGAGUACUCGGACUAUGGACAAGCUGUGUCGCCCGAGGCAAGUGAGAGCCCUCAGGACGUGGACACCGACCCGUACGCCUCCGAGGAGCACGAAGAGCAGGCAGUGUUUCAUCGGAAAGCCAGCAAGGGCCCCAGCCUUCAGGACAAGGUGGGAGGAGGCCGGGAGAGGCACCCUGGCGAAUUCCCCGAGAAAGGGAACCCAAGUCGAAACAAAGAGCACAAGUCUUCUCACAAGGAGAAGCAGCGCCUUGACGGCAGAGGGGAGGACAGACCCUCUGCCUUCAGCCCCGAAAGAUUGCACAAGUCCUCCUUUAAAGAGCAGCUCCAAGAGGCUCCCGUGGCAGGGGGCAGCAGGGAGAAGCAGAGAGUGCCAGAUAGCACCAAGAAGGAGAAGACCCGUGAAAGCGGCACCUCUAAAAAGGAGAAGUUGCACAUGCAGUCGCACUUGGAAGAGUCUUUAGACAACCAUGUUAAGAAGCAAAAACAUCGGGACUCUGAGAAAAGCAAAUUGGAAAAGGCCAAGCUGAGCCUGGAGACUUCAACCACGGAGCGGGAGAAACGGAAAGCUGAGAGCGACUCCUCAAAUAGGAGUAAAGAAAAGGGGGGUUCGGGGAGCUUAAAAACUUCAGAGGGGAAACACAAGGGCUCUGAUGUGGACAAAAAGUCUCUGGGCUCUUCCUCGAGUUUUGGGGAUGGGGAAGUGGAGGAUGAAUUUGAGCAGCCUACAAUGUCCUUUGAGUCUUACCUCAGCUACGACCAGCCCCAGAAAAAGAAAAAGAAAGUGGCCAAACCCACGGUGUCAGCUGGGGAGAAAGACCGAGGGCACAGCAAGCAGAACGGAUCCAAAGCCAGUACCAAGAGCUCGAGCUCGAGUCGAAAGAGCCCUAGCCACAAGCGGACAAGUGAGAAAAAGGCAGAGAAGAGCGUUCCAGAGCYUCCUAAACCGAACAGGAUACUUCUAGACGUGGUGCCAACGCUACCCGACAUCCCACUGCCCCCRAUCCAGGCCAACUACCGCCCUCUUCCCUCCAUCGAGUCCAUCGCCUGCUCGCAGACCAAGAGGAGAGCGGUGUCGUCACCCCUGCAAGAGUCUGAGGCCGGGUUUACCGGCCGCAGGUUGAACUCGAAGAUGCAGGUGUACUCGGGCUCCAAGACCGCCUACCUGCCCAAGAUGAUGUCCCUGUACCAGCAGUGCAUCAGAGUCCUCAGUAACAACAUUGACUCAAUCUAUGAAGUGGGUGGCGUCCCUUUCUCAGUGCUGGAGCCGGUGUUGGAGAAAUGUACCCCAGAGCAGCUGUACCGCAUCGAGGAAUGUAAUUAUACCUUAAUUGAAGACACGGAUCAAUUGUGGCACAAUCACUGUCUCCGAGACUUCAAGAAUGAGAAGCCCCAAGAGUUUGAGUCCUGGCGGGAGAUGUACCUUCGGCUUCACGACGCGCGUGAGCAGCGGCUGCUCAUGCUGGCGCGGAACAUCGGCUCCGCUCACGCCAACAAACCCAAAGGGAGGGUGGCCAAGAUGGCAUUUGUGAACUCUGCAGCRAAGCCCCCUCGGGAUGUACGGCGAAGACAGGAGAAAUUUGGAACGGGAGGACCUCUUCUGCCAGAGAAGACCAAAAUAAAACCAGUCCUCUACACAUCCAGCAAAAGCCAUUCUCGUGUCGGUGAGGAGCAGUCCUACGACGGGCCCAGCACCAGCAGUGCCCAUUCUGCCCCCUCAUCAGGUAGCACCUUCUCCUCCUACGACCCCAGGAAACCGCCAGUGAAGAAAAUUGCACCCAUGAUGGCAAAGACGAUCAAAGCUUUCAAGAACAGGUUCUCUCGAAGAUAAGCUUGCAGCACAGAGCUGAGAAUCCCCCUUGCCGGGGAAGUGGCAGUGAAGGGGGAGAAGGUACCCAAAUGGCCCAGGUCCUUUCCUUGGAACUCUGCAGAGGCUGCAGCUGCUGGGAGAGGUUCAAUCUGCACACGGCRACAGCACAGUAUUUUAUCUCUUAUUCUGGUCCUUUUAUCUGUGUCAAAGCCCCCUCCUCUCCCUCCCCUUCAUUCUUAAAAUCCUGUUUCUGGCCUUGUCUCCUGUCGAAGGAAGGGUGUACAGAAUCUCCAGACAUGAGAAAAUGUGAAGUCUUAGCACCUGCUGAGAGUGGAAGAUUCAGAGACUAUUUACUAUUUAACCUCUUAAUAAAUUAUAAAAUGGUUUUAACUAAUAUUCCCCACCCACUGGUACUAUUUAUGUCGCUCCCAGUGUUCUCCCCCUCGCACCCCGGUACAGAGC